UCGAACUUGGAUGUCCACACGUGUCGCGCGUGUAGACAGUGCAGCUCACGCAAGGAAGUGUUGUUUGUGAUGGCAGUUGCUACUGGUUCGAAGCCGUUUUGUUUGUCAAGCGAGUUUGCGUAUCUAGCAGCUAGCGACCUCUUCAACAAAAUUUCUUCUGCAACUGGCAUGGUAUUGAUUGACGUCAGAUCUAAAGAGAGCUAUGACAGAAUGCACAUUAGAACUGCUAUCAACAUCGACUGGGCUAGCUUUUUUCAACAUCUAAGCACUUCAGAUUCUGAGCCUGAUGAGUCUCAUACCAUUUCGUAUGCUGAGUCUAAGAUGAGUUCAUCAGUUAAGUCUCGUUUUCGUUUGAGGAGACAUUUUGAUGUUGUUGUUUAUGGUGGUAACCAGUUGUCUGACACACAAGAUGAAGGUAGUGAGUUGGUUUUCUCAUUUUGCAAAGCACUCAAGAACGAAGGACUAGUGACCAAGUCAUUAUUUGUACUGCAGGGAGGAUUUGCUUCAUUUGUUGAGUCGAAAUCCUUUCUUGUUGAAGGUCAUCCUACUUGUCCCGACGUCCAGUUCAUCUAUCCAAGUGAGAUAAUAGAGGAUUUCUUGUACUUGGGAAGUUAUGAUUCUGCUUCAACACAUCAGUGCUUAACUGACCUUGGUGUUACUCAUAUUGUAAACGUAACUGAUGACUGCGACUGUCCUUACCAGGCAGAAUUUCAGUAUCUGCAGUGUCCAGUAGAUGAUUAUCCCUAUUCUGACAUUUCGGUGUACUUUGAUGUUGCAACUGAAUUCAUCAAAACUGCGAAAGGGAUUGAUGAAUCUGCCAAUAAUGGUUGCGUCCUUGUACACUGCAAGAUGGGGAUGAGCCGAUCAUCAACUAUAGUCAUAGCUUACCUGAUGAAAGCCAGGAACUGGAGUCUAAAAAAGGCAUAUCAUUUUGUGAAGUCUAAACGACCUUUUAUUAACCCAAACUAUGGCUUUCUCAAAUAUCUCCAGAAUUGUGAAGAAUGCAUUUUUGGCACAACAACCAUUUCUUUCCCCGAUUCCAGCCAGCCAUCCAGCUACAAAUGGAUUGAUGAUGAAUAAAGAAUUGUAUUGAGCACUAUCCUACUGCAAAAAUCAAUUGAUGUCUAACACAACACAAUCAAUUGUAAAACUGUAAAAUGUUUAGGAGUUUUCUCGGUAUGAAAGUCAACUGUUCCAAUUAAAUACAAAGUUGCCAAAAUAAUAUUACAUGUCUAGCAUUUGUCUGUAAUUUUCUCAAGUACU